AUGAGGGCUCCUCCUCAGCCGGGAAAGAAGAACAGCGGCGUCCAGAAACAAUAUCAGCUGCGGUCAUAUUUUUCUCCUCUGCUCUUUGUUGCAAUCAUCCUGGGGCUGCAGUGGCCCCGGGGGGCAGCAGCUUUCCCUGCCAUGCCCCUCUCCAGUCUGUUUGCCAAUGCCGUGCUGAGGGCCCAGCACCUCCACCUGCUGGCUGCUGACACAUACAAAGAGUUCGAACGGACCUAUAUUCCAGAGGAGCAGAGGCAUUCCAACAAAAUUUCCCAAUCAGCAUUUUGUUAUUCAGAAACCAUUCCUGCUCCCACAGGAAAGGAUGAUGCCCAGCAGAAAUCAGACAUGGAGCUGCUUCGGUUUUCACUGAUUCUCAUUCAGUCCUGGUUAAACCCCGUGCAGUUCCUAAGCAGGGUGUUCACCAACAGCCUUGUGUUUGGCACCUCAGACAGAGUCUACGAAAAACUGAGAGACUUAGAAGAAGGUAUCCAAGCUCUGAUGAGGGAGCUGGAAGAUGGAAGCCUCCGGGGAUUUCAAGUCCUCAGACCCACUUAUGACAAAUUUGACAUCAAUCUCCGGAACGAAGACGCCUUGUUAAAAAACUACGGCCUGUUGUCCUGCUUCAAGAAAGACCUGCACAAGGUGGAGACCUAUCUGAAACUGAUGAAGUGCCGGCGCUUCGGAGAGAGCAACUGCACCAUUUGAUGGCAGGAACACUCUUCUUUUAUCCCAGUGCACGACGAGGUUAGCGUGCUCCUGCCUGCCUGACCCCCUUUGUUAAGAGAACCUCAGAGGCUGAUGUGCCUGUGAGCAAACCUAUCCUCCCGCUAGCUGUGGUGUCUGGGAGGGGCUGCAUGAUGCUCCUCCCCCUUUGUCAAGAAAAGCCUCUUUGCCUCCAGAGAAUAAAGGAGCUAGAAGCCCAGCACUGUGCCGCAGCAUCUCACUGCUUCCCCCGGCUUCUCACACAGGAGCCAUGGCCGGCGGGAACCCGCUCCCACGUGCUGGUUCUCCCACCACCGGGCUCAUGUUUGCAUUGGAGGACGGGCCUGGCAGCUCGGCUGGGUUCUCGCCGUGAUGCCCACGCGGCCGCAGCCGGUAGAGCCUGGGCCUGUGGGGGGCGGCAGGGCGGGGGCCAGGGCAGCCCAGGCGGUUACUGAGACAGGCAGUGGAGAGCCCCUCGCGUCCACCCCCUCCGCCACUGGCCGCUCGGGCUCUCGGGCGCUGCUCGCCACGGACCUCAGAGGGGCGCCCUGGCCCUGGCCCUGCGGGGGGCAAGGGGUGAGGCUGGCGGCGAGCAGGGCCUGGGGGCAAGGGGCGGCACGAGGCGGC